AUGAAUAAAUAUAAAGAUUUGUUAACAACAAAAUUUGAAUAUAAGUAUUUAAUUUAUACUUUAUCUUUUGUAUCUUUAAAUAUAGGAAUUUGCAAUGAAUAUAUAAAAAAAAAAAAAUUGAAUUAUAAAAAUGAGGAAAAGAAAAUAUAUUUUAACAUAACAGAAAAAAAUUUUGAAAUUAUAAAUAAUAAAAAUUAUUCAAGCACAAUUGAAAAAAUAUGCAAAAAUUUUAAUUUUUCAAUUGGAAAAAUAGCAGAAGCAUCAAAUAGUUAUUAUCCAUUAGAUUAUCAUUUACAAUACUUGAAUGAUAUUCUUGAAAAAAAUAAAAGCAGUUUAAAAAACAUUAUUGAAAAAGAAAGUAAAAAUAUUGUAUUAGAUAAACUAAUAGAAGAAAUUAUAAAUUAUUUUGAAUUAUAUAUUAAGAGAAAUGAUAACAGUAGUUCCAUUUUUUUAAAAAAUGUUGAUUUUAGUCAUUUAAAGGAAUUUCUUAUACAACGAAAAAAGAUUAAUUUAAAAUCACCUGAUUUAUUAACACAUUUCAUUGAUGAGCUAUAUGCAUAUAUAUAUUUACACUUAAUAGUAAAUUACAAGAGAAAUAAUUUUUUUGAUUUUAUAAAAAUUAAAAGGUCAUACAGACAUUGUAGUGAAAAUUCAGGAAAAGAUAUAGGUUUAGAAUUAAAUAAUUAUUUAGGGAUAAACAAUAAUGAUACUGAUUUACAUUUGGAAAAAACAAAUUAUGUUAAUAGUACCAAGUAUGUUUUAAAUAUUGACACGGUUAAUGAAAUAAAUAAAAGCUUACGUGAAUAUGGAAUUGUUGUAUUAAAAAAUUUCAUACCUAAAGAAAAUAUAGAUAAAAUAAAACAAGAACUAUUUCUCGAAAAAAAUAAUAUGAACAUAUCUUCAUUUUUAAUGAAUAAGGAUCAAAAUAUUUAUUGUAUAAGACCGACAAGAGGUAGACAAUAUUGCAUAAUUAGAAAUAGUAAAAUUAGUGAUUUAUUUGCAAAUAUUCAGCAAUAUUGGAUGAAUAUAAUAUAUUCAUAUUUACCUAUAGGAUCUUAUGAAAAUAUAAACAAUAUUUUUAACAAAAAUGUAAUUUUUAAACUUGAUGAAUUUAACAAUUUAAAUUUGAAAAAUGAACACAAUGAUAAGUUAUAUUUAUCAGAACUACAGUUAAUUAAUAAUGAACCACUAAGUGAAGUUCAAACAUAUCAUGUGGAUAAUGGGAUAAAUGGUUUAUCAGUAAUUUUACCCUUAAAUAAAGUAAAUAAAGAAUCAGGGAACUUCGAAUUUUUUAUAGGAACUCAUUUAUUUUCAUCAAAAAAAAAAAAAAAAUUAAAACAAAAAAUUUAUGAUUUCAAAAGAUUCAUGGAAUUGUAUUAUAAAACAGGAUCAUCAUUUGUCCCUGAAGUUCAAGAACAAGAUUUGAUCAUUUAUGAUUCAAAAAUAUUACAUAGAGGAUUGUCAAAUAAUUUAUGGACAAAAAAUUCCUCUUUAAUUUAUCGCUAUGACUAUAAGAAAUAUCCGCCACCUGGUCAAGAUUUUAUUGACAUAUUUUCUUAUAAUUUUAUUGGAAAAUGUAUAUCUUUUUUUAAUUUUUUAAAUAAAUAUUUAUAA